CCAGUUUGCAAUAGCCCAGCUGAUGUGCAAGGUGUCUCUCUGAGUGAUCUCGACUGUGAUAGAGAAGUAAUGUUGGUGUGAAUUUUUUUUUGUGUUUGUUUCAUAUCCGGAAGUAGUCGUAGCCAAACGGAUUCAAGAUGGUACUGGAAUUCUUAUCAAGGCAAUAUUGGAAGCAGUUUGUAGCUGUCAAUGCUGUUCACCUGAUAACGAUUGCAUAUGGCGUUACGGUUGGAUGGACGGCGCCAAUUAUUCCGCUUCUUCAGUCCACUGACACUCCUUUCCCAGCGGGACCAAUUACCGUGGAGCAAGUGUCCUGGGUAGGUUCGGCAUUCUCCAUCGGUGGCAUGUCAGGGACAAUUCUGUACGCCCUAAUUCACACAUAUUUUGGGAAGAAGACGGGACUUCUUAUGCUUGCGUUUCCACACCUUAUCCUAUGGUGCCUGCUGUGGGUGGGCGACAGUGUUUACUACAUCUACGCAGCGAGAUACUUGGGCGGCCUCACCGGUGGAGGACUGUUCGCCAUCGUCCCGCUGUACGUUGCCGACAUCGCCGAUAGAACGAUUCGAGGGUCGCUCGGUUCGUUAACGAUUCUGCACAUAAACUUUGGUCUGUUAGCAUCGUAUACCGCUGGGAACUACCUUCCGUACUACCUCAUACCGAAAAUUAUGCUCUGCCUGCCGAUUGCCUUCCUUGCACUUGUUUGUUUACUGCCGGAAACUCCAUUCUGUUUGCUGCGGGAAGGGAAAAUUGUUGAGGCGGAAAAAUCACUCAUGUUCUAUCGCAACAUACCGGACGUGACGCGCAAAACACUAGCCUUCGAGUAUGAGUUCGAAAGCAUGAAAGCAUUUGCGCUAUCCGAGAAUAGCAAGGAAAAACUGACAUUGGCAGAUUUCACAACACCAGUAGCCAUCAGGGGGCUUUUCAUUGCCAUCUUCGUGAUGGCUUUGAACCAAUUCAGUGGCAUCUUUGCCAUUCUGACCUACGCUGGAAAUAUCCUGGAAGAAUGUGGUACCAGUCUCGAUCCAAAAUACGUACUCAUUCUGAUGGCCUUAAUUAACAUCUGCGGAAACAUCACUUCGUUCUUAAUCGUUGAUAUGGCUGGCAGAAAGACUUUCCUGCUCAUAUCAACCAUUGGAGUCGGAAUAUCCUUAGGCAUACUAGGACUCCAUUCGUACUUUUCUUACAAUGACGACGAUAUCGAGAGCUACUCCUGGGUUCCGGUUCUGGCUCUACUGGCCACCAUCUAUUCUGCCGGUCUGGGCAUCACAAAUAUGAUUGGAUUCAUCGUACCGGAAGUUCUCCCUCCCAAGAUUCGCAGCAUUGGCAGUACCAUAAGCGUCGUAUUGCUGUGCUUCUUCGCUUUCAUCAUACUGAAGGCAUUCCCCAUUCUGCUUGAGAGGAUACACAUUUACGGAACCGUUUGGAUUGCCUCCGGCGUGUGUGCUGUUUCGUUACUGAUAAUAGUAUUCAUAAUGCCGGAGACCAAAGGCAAGAGUUUGGUUGAAGAAGAUUCCAAGGAAAAACCUAGGACCGGCGUCUAUUAGAAUGCAAAUUGGCAGCGAUGUGAUGAAAAUAUGGAAAAUAAA